AUGAUAACUUUGCAGAUAUUGUUGAUUAUAAUAAAUGUACUUAUUUUGACGGGAUUUGGUCAAUACAGUCAUCAUCAGGGCCGUAAACAAUCAUUGAUGUUAACAAUUGAUAAGUGGAUUUAUUCAAACAGUUCAUCGUUGCCGUUAACAUUUUCACGGAUGAUACUAAGCGGUCAAUAUAUUGCUUCAGCAUUUUCUGUAUUAUUAUUGACGUCUACAGUUUUUCUAGAAUAUAUCCAUCUAAAACGUGGAAAAAAUCCACGUUUUUUGUGUAUGUGUUUUUCGUUUGGAUCUGUACCAUUUUCACUAUUCGUUUUUGGUAUUGAACUACACUACAGCUCCUGCCCCUGGAUGGAAGACUUCUAUCGUUCAGAAGUUCUUCGUCGAGGUGUCGACGUAAUUGAUAACGAUGCUCAGUGUGGAAUUAAUGGCUGGGCAUUAGCUGGAGUAUUUUCUUUACUGUCUGGCGGAUUUUUUGUCAGUGAAGGAUUAAUUAAUGCAUUUUUUCGUUCUGAACACAAAAGGUUUGUGAAAUGCGAUGAAACACAUUUGUAAUG